ACACGACUGAAUCACCUGAAGAUACUGACCAAUCCGAUAUAGACAGCGAAAAUGAUGUCCGACCUGUUGUUGACAAAAUCAUUAAACCCCAACCGCAAACUGCCGCAGAAAAUAACAAAAAGUUAAAGGAAAUAACUGGGGAAGAUAACGAUGGAGAAGUUAUAAUCAAUAACAUUCUUCAAAAAAUUUUAAGUCAAAAUAAUGAUGAACUGUUAGAUGCUCAUAAACAAUCUAUUGAAAAAGUUGAAGAAUUUGAUGACAAAAAAAAGAAAGAUACCAAGACAGAAAAAGAAGAUGGAGGCACGAGCGGACUAAAUGAUGACGAAUUUUAUGAUAAAGAUAUUCAGUUAUUAGGUCUUGAUUACUGUAAGAAGAUGGUAAAUAUUGGAGGAGAAAUCUAUUGCGUAGAGACUCAAUUAAAUAUGGCUCAUAGCUGCGGUGAAGGUACGGUCAUGAUACGCAUUCUAAUGGAUGGAAUAUUAAAAAAAAAUGAGCUACUUCAUUGCACAUACAGUGGUCAUCAGCCCCCUCGAAACUUAGGAAAGAGCAAUGAACCUAAAGUUUAUCGAGCUUUACACAGUAAGGCUAAAGUCGUCAUAAUUAAAUACACUCUAGAGUACGCUAAAAGUCAAGGUUGGAAGAAGAAAACCAAACACGAUAGUGCUCCAUACAAAUGGAUUGACUUACAACAGACAAUGACUCAGAAAAUUGGAGAGAUAAAAAGAGCUUACCAAAAAAACUUAGACAUGAAAAAAUAAGCAAUUAUAUUUAAAGUAAUUCACAACUUUAAUU